AAAUGAUCUGCAGAAACAGCGGGGUAUAUUUGCAGUACACAUAAAUAUCGAUGUUGCUCCUCACCAAACAGCAUAACACGCAGAGGCCGUAUACGUUCACACCAAAGCCACUUUCUCUGCAACAGAUAGAAACUCAGAAAUUAGAAGUGAAAUAACUAGAAGACGUAACAAAGAAAAGGAAAAAAGAAAUAGAAGAGAGAGUUGGAUAAGAGUUUUUUUUGUUUUGUUUUUCCCAGGCUUCGAUGUCGGAUCCUGUAAGUUCAACAGCAAACAUAUAUGUACCAGAAGAGUGGUCUGAGGCUGCAGAUUCCAUAGCCUAUGAUUCAGUAACUUCGCCACCCCCUGUUUCUUUCAUCUGUGGCCCCAAAAACUCUGGCAAAACCACUUUCUCUCGUCAUCUCCUUAACACUCUUCUCCAAAGGUAUCAAAAAGUAGCUUAUUUGGACACAGAUGUUGGGCAGCCUGAGUUUACUGCACCAGGUUUCCUAUCCCUUACAGUUGUUGACAAACUAACACCAGAUUUGGCAAUUCCAUGCUUGAAGACACCUGAGAGGUGUUUUUUCUUUGGGGAUGUUUCUUCGAAAAGGGAUCCAUCAACAUACUUGAAAUAUAUAUUUACCCUAUAUGAUUACUAUCGAAAGGAAUACUGCAUAUUUGACAAGAGAGAAAACCCUGUUAGGACUGAAUUGCCUCUUGUUGUCAAUACCCCUGGCUGGGUGAAAGGUACUGGUUACGAGAUAUUGGUUGAUAUGCUGAAAUAUAUUUCUCCUACUCAUGUGGUUAAAAUAUACAUAUCUGCCCAGAAUAAGAAUCUGCCAGGUGGAGCAUUCUGGUUUGAUGGUGAUGGUGAUUGUGAUGGGAUGGUUAAUAUCAUAGAGAUCAAGUCAGCUCGCCAGGACUCCUUUAAUAGAUCAGUGCUAGUACAGAAGGAUGCUUGCCUUUUGCGGGAUUUACGGAUAAUGGCUUAUUUCAGGCAGUGCUUUCCUAGUGACAAGCCUAUUACUACAAUCAAAGAACUUGCGUAUGCACUGGCUUCUCAUUCUCCUUAUGAAGUUCCAAUAUCAAGUAUCAAAAUUAGACAUCUUCAUUGCCAGGUUCCAAGCACUGAAAUAUACUACAGUUUGAAUGCAACUAUUGUUGGUUUGGCUGUGACUUCAGAGGAGUCUGAAGAUUUACCCUGGUGUGUUGGUCUUGGAAUUGUGAGAGGAAUUGACACAUUCAAAGGUUUGCUUUAUGUGAUCACUCCUGUUCCACAGAGCAUUCUGGAGAAGGUCGAUCUUUUCCUGCAGGGGUUUAUUCAAAUUCCUACUUGCUUGUUGCAGGUCAAGGGAUGCAGAUCACUUUAUGUAUCUUCAAAUGUUUUGCCUACUAGCUAACUGGGUCAAUUGAAUUAUUGAAAUAUGUUUACUGGUGAUGUGAGACAGUGAGAGCAAUGUUGAUGAUGAUUAAAGCUAAGAGAUAUAAACCUGGAAACAAGGCUGAAGAGAAGUUCAACCACUGAAGACAAGAAACUUAAAAAAUAUAUAAAAAUUGCAUUAUAAUUAUUAUUUUAUAUACCUUCGAUGGACUUUUUAAAUACUCCUUCCUAAAAAUUGUAAUUGAUUUGAAGGAGUGACACUCUUAGACUUUGUUUGGACCAGUUUUAGACUGAAAUUAUCUUAUAUAUUCAUGGAAGAAUUAAAAAAAAAAUUUUUUAUACAA